CGUCGCCAUGACGCCAAACAGUACGCAUGAUACGUCUUUCCCUCCGUCGCUUUUCGACCACCUCGAAAAAUACAAUGAUUAUCAAGCCUGUUCCCGUUCUACAAGACAACUAUUCAUAUCUCCUAAUUGAUGAAGACACGAAUAAAGCGGCUGCUAUUGACCCCGUUGAGCCUUCAAAAGUACUCGAAGCUUUCAAGGAAAAUGGCGUCACUCCUGAUUGCAUUCUGACUACCCAUCACCAUUGGGAUCAUGCCGGUGGCAAUAAAGAAGCUCUUAAAUCUCUCGGCAACGUGGAGUGUUAUGGAGGUGAUGAGAGAGUAGAAGGAAUGACAAAACAGCUCAAGGACAAGGAAACUGUAAAAGUGGGCAAUUUGGAAGUGAAAGCUUUGGCCACGGCUGGCCAUACCACUGGUCACGUAAGCUACUUUGUUGAAGACACCAAAACCGGGCAAAAAGCUGUCUUUACUGGCGACUGUUUGUUCUCAUCUGGAUGCGGAAGGCUGUUUGAAGGCAGCGCGUCCCAAAUGUUGCACUCCUUGGAUACCCUCGCUAGCUUACCAGAUGACACGAAGAUUUACUUUGGCCACGAAUACACUCGGAAGAACCUUGAAUUUGCUGAGCAUGUGGAGCCAGACAAUUCAGAUAUCCAGAAGAAGAUAUCAUGGGCUAAAGCUACACAUGUCACCACACCAAGCACCGUUGAAAAUGAAAAGCUUACCAAUCCCUUUAUGCGCGUUCGUUCGCAAGAAUUACGAAAGGCUCUUUUGAAAUCUGGCGAUGAGAACCUAUCGGACGCCGACGUUCUCCUCAAAAUCCGUAAAAUGAAGGAUAACUUUUAAACACGAAUUGAGGACAUACAGCGGUUUACUGGCAGAAUGAAAAUGAAGAAUUGGAAAGCAAUAAAGGACUUUUGAU